UAUACAGGAGAAAAACGACCUGAGCCAAUUAGAAAACCUUUCAUAUCACUUGAGCCUUAGAGCUCUAGCUACCACCAAUAUGGCAAGAACCCUCCAAAAACUCAAUCUCAUCUUCCUCAUUCUGUUCAUCAUGACUAUCUUCUCCUUCUCGGCCUCCUCCACCACCGCCGGCAGCUUCUCAAGAACCUUAUCUCCGGCGAAACUUGGGCUCAAGCGAGAGAAACUGAGCCACCUCCACUUCUACUUCCACGACAUCCGUACCGGGCGAAACACAACAGCCGUGAGAGUUGCCAAGGCCCCCACGACAAACACUUCUGCGACAACUUUUGGUGACGUGGUGAUGAUAGAUGACCUAUUGACCGAGCGGCCUGAGCCGAGCUCCAAAUUCGUGGGAAGAGUGCAAGGAGUAUAUGCUUCUGCUUCGCAAACUGAGGUGGGUUUGUUAAUGGUGCUCAACUUUGCUUUCAUGGAGGGUAAGUAUAAUGGUAGCACCCUCACUGUAUUGGGGCGUAACCCUAUCUCGUCGACGGUGAGGGAGUUGCCGAUUGUUGGUGGGAGCGGGCUUUUCCGGUUCGCACGUGGGUAUGCUCAUGCCAAAACUCACACGUUUAACAUGAGAACUAUGAAUGCUGUUGUGGAGUAUAAUCUCUAUGUCUUACAUUAUUAAUUGAUGCAUGUUGCUUCGCGUUUUAUGGCGAGAAAUGUUAGGUUCUUUUAUUUAAUUUAAUUUAAUUUUUUCAAAAAUUUGGUUUUCAAAAGAUAUAUAUUACCAUCCCAUCCCUUUAUAUCUCUAUUUACUAAAAUAAUAAAUUAAAUGAGAUGGUGAUAAAUCAUUCCAAAACCAAUUUUUUGGAUUUUUUUUUUUUUUU